AUGCGCCCGGCGCUGCAGCACGCCGCCCGCUCGCUCACCGACUAUGCUGUCCUAACAUUCGCCCAAGCCCGCCCCGGUGCCGCCGCCCACCUUGCCCAGCCUUCGUCCGUAUGCUUCCAAUGCAAGCUGCGCGCCUUCUCCGCUGCACCGCUUCCACCGAGAACGAGAACGUUGCCCCCGCCUGUGCGUGCAUCCAUUCGCCAAUGGUCUUCCACUGCAAGGCUGCUGCAGGAGAAGCCACCGCCUGGUUCCCAGGAUCCUCAAUUGCCAGCUGUUGAGGAUGCUGCGAAGCGCUCCUCCGAUCCAUCAUCCCAGAAAGCCCCCGAACUACCUCCGUCUCCGACGGAUUCAGUCCCCUCGUGGAUUGAAACACCACCUCCGCCUUCACGCGAACCGGAAUCCUCGCAUGCAGCCGCUUCCCCGCCUCCGCAACCCGAACGGGUCGAGCAGGUCCCAGACGAAAAGCUACCGUCUCACCGCCAAGGUCUGCGAUGGGAAAUAUACAAGCGCGCAUCUGCUUACUUCGACGAGCUGCUGCCGAAGCUCAUUCUUGUCGGGCAGAAAGUGAACAGCUACACUGGGACGGACUACUCCGGUAUUGAAGCGCUCCGCCAGGAGAUCAAACAACAAGAACGGUUCGUCAAAUCCCGCCGCGCUCAAGUGGAAGAUGCGAAACGCGAACUCGAGGCCGCCCUGUCACAGCAACAGGCAUCACAAAAGGAAGUCGUUGGUCUUCUGGAGCGGAAGCACUCGUGGUCGGCCACCGAUCUGGAACGGUACAUGUCGCUUAUCCGCUCUGAACAUCUCAACGACCAAGCUGUUCGGAGCGCUAAAGAUGCCGUGCUGUCUGCUGAUCGGGCCCUUGAGGAGGCCCGCGCCCAUCUGGAGAAACGCGAGCGCGCUCAGUACCACGAGGAACAGAUCUGGAGCGACACCAUCCGCCGGAACAGUACCUGGGUUACCAUCGGCCUGAUGGGAGCCAACAUUCUGCUACUUCUCAGCCAGCUUGUUGCUAUUGAGCCGUGGCGGAGGAGGCGACUCGUUAGGGAGAUCAAGAAUGCGCUGGAUGAGAGGACCAUGACGGCGGCAGCGCCAGCACCGUUUGGCGCUGGUGUUGCUGAUCUUGCGACCACCGCCGCUGCCACUACUGCCCCGGAAAAAGCUUCGGACCCUGCUGAGGCCGCCGAGGUCCGCUCAGCCGACGCUGUUGAAAAGGAGAUUGAUGACGUCGUUGAACCGGCCGGCGUGCCGCUCGAGCGUGUCGAGCCUACGGAUACCCCCGAGACCGUCACAGCCGACCGAUCUGGUCCGGAGCCCACCAUGCCUCUGCCAUUGCCCGAGACCACGACCGUUGAAGCUAGUCCGGUCGAAGCUACUCCCGUUGAGGCUGUUCCUGUCGAGGCUGUUCCAGUCGAGGCUGCUCCUGUCGAAGCUACUCGAAUUGCUAAGGAGCGACCUACUCCUACCACUGCGCAAGAAAAGAUGGCCGUUUUCGCUCAGGAUUGCAGCCUCUACAUGCGUGAUCUCUUUAGCGAACGCGCAGUUUCCGUUCGCAAGGUUGACGUCACUGCAGCAGCGCUUCAGGGUGCUGCCGCCGGGGCUGCACUUAUGGGAAUGCUCGUGCUGGCCUUCCUCAGGGCCGAUGGCAGCAAUUAA